GUCUGCACAAUGUGCCGACGUUGUUCCGGCGUCGCCGCGCGGACUGAGCCCGUGUGAAGGGGCCACUUCCAGUCAAACGCUUAGCGCAGGGCGCCCGCGCUCGUUUCGGGCCCGGGGCCUGUCCGCUACCGGGUCCGCCCGAAGUGCCGGGAGAGCCGCUCGGGGCCCGGGACGCCGACCCGGCCACUGAGGGCGCCGCAGCCCACGUUGGCCCCCGGCUCCGCGGGCAUCGUGGGCCGUGAGGGAGCAGCCCUGCGCUCCCCGCCUUCAGGUCGAGGUCUCCGAGGGGCGAGCUCCGCGCUGCUCACCCUUCCUGAGACCAGAGGAAACGGCGUCCGCGGACCGUGCUGGUGGAGGCCCUGUCUCUUUUGGCUCCUCCGAGGCGCCUUAGACAGACUCCGACGCUGAUCCGUUCACUUCAUUUUCCGGUGGACGAUGGUCCCGCUGGCCCACCAGCUCCCGGUGGAGGACAGCGGCUCCAUGGCCUCAGAAGAGGACCGCCGGGGCCAGGGCGGGAGCCUCUCCCUGGCAGCGCCGCCAGAGAGCCCUGCUGUGCAGACCGCCUCCGAGCCCAGCAAGUCCUGGUCCUUGGCCCACAGACAGCCGAGCAGAAGGAACGGGCUGUCGAAGCUCUGCCAGAGCAGGAUGGCGCUGUCUGAAGACAGAUGGAGCUCCUACUGUCUGUCGUCAUUGGCUGCCCAAAAUAUUUGCACAAGCAAAUCGCACUGGCUGGCUGCGCCUGCGCAGGCGGACCUGGCAGGGUCCCUGGGCAGCACGUCCUGUUGCUCCCUGCUGCAGGGCUUGUCCUCAGGGUGGUCCACACCUCCGCUCCCGGCCCCUGUGUGCAACCCCAGCAAGGCCGUGUUCACCGUGGACGCCAAGACCACAGAGAUCCUGGUGGCCAGCGACAGAGCCUGCCGGCUCCUGGGGUACAGCAGCCACGACCUGAUUGGCCAGAAGCUCACACAGUUCUUCCUGAAGCCGGAUUCCAACGUGGCGCAGGCCCUCAGUGAGGAGCACGUGGAGGCCGACGGCCACGCUGCUGUCGUGUUUGGCACGGUGGUGGACAUCGUGAGCCGCAGUGGGGAGCAGAUCCCGGUCUCCGUGUGGAUGCGGAGGGUGAAGCAGGAGCACAGCCUCUGCUGCGUGGUCGUGCUGGAGCCCGUGGAGAGGGUCUCGGCCUGGGUGGCUUUCCAGAGCAACGGAACCGUGACGUCCUGUGACGGUCUCUUUGCCCACCUGCAUGGAUUCACGUCUGUGGAGGAAGUGGUCGGGCAGCGCAUCACAGACCUUAUCCCUUCUGUGCAGCUCCCUCCGCCUGGCGAGCACAUCCCCAAGAAUCUCAGGAUUCAGAGGUCUGCUGGAAGAGCCAAGGAUGGUACCACCUUCCCUCUGAGCUUAAAGCUGAACUCUGAACCCGGCAGCGAGGAGGCAGCAGACGGCGAGGCGGCCCCUGACUGGGGCUACUCGGCCUCCAUCUGGGUGUUUUCCACCAUCAGUGGGCUCAUCACCCUCCUGCCGGACGGGACCAUCUACGGCAUCAACCACAGCUUUGCUCUGAUGCUGUUUGGUUAUGGAAAGGAUGAGCUCCUGGGCAAGAACAUCACUUUCCUGAUUCCUGGUUUCUACCACUACAUGGACCUUGCCUGUGACAGUUCCUUUCUGCUGCCAGACGUGGCCAACUGCCUGGACGCUGGCAGACACAGUGGGCCUGGGGAGACCACUAGGGAUGCCCAGCACACAGCCGAGGAUCUAAGGGUGAACACUGAGACCCCAAAGCCAGCGGAGAGCCAGGCUGCCUCGCCCAGGGCCCAGGUUCCAGUGGACGCCGGGGGCCGCCUCGCCUUCUCCCUCCCGGCGCUGCCCACUCUGGGGGUGGACAGCGUCCCAGAAGGAAGCCCACCAGCCCAUGGCCAACAGCCGUCACCCCAGGACCAGCAAAAUAUCCCGGAGGGAAGGCCGCCAGCCCAGGAACAGUCACUGCCCGAGGGCCGGCGAGACAUGCCGGGGGGAUGCCCGUCAGCCCCUGGCCGUCGGUUGUCGCCAGAGGACCACCAGAGCACUGCCUUAGAGAAAGAGCGGCUGGCAACAGCAGAGAGCCUCAGGCAGGGCCUUCUGGGAGGAAACAGGUCUGACCCAGUGGACACAAAACCAUGCGCUUCCCAUGAAGAUGCUGAAACACCAGUGCCAAGUACAGAUGGGACCAGUGGUGCUGGAAGGGGCGGCCUAUAUCAGGAGACACAGCUGGGACGGAGGGGCUCGAGUGGUACCAGCGAUUCAGACCACGGGGCUGAUGCCACCAAGGCCAGGCCGCACGCUGCGGGUCAGCUGGCAGGGCAGGGCCUCCCGGUGCGCGGCCCUGGAUUCGAGGCAGAGUGGAGCACUCAGCGGGGAAGCCCGGGCUCGGCCCCCAGCCCCCUGGGGACGGUGCAGCCCUUGCUCUCGACGCUUUCUUUGGAUGAGCCGUGGCUGGGGACGUGCUUGAUUAAGGAGCAGCUGCCUGCACCGAGCUUUGCGGGGCCUUGGGGUGUCUCCUGCGCCGAGCUGGUCCCCGCAGAGCAGCCCCCGCCCUCCGCCCCUGCGUCCUUGUGUGACCUGGGAGGCACAGACCCGCACGGCGGCCGCUCGGGCAGCUCCUCGGCCCGCUACACCCUUGCCACUGACCUGCCCGGUACCGUGGAGGCCCGGGAGGCUGGCGAGAAUUCGUUUUCCUGGAACCUCAAGGAACUCGUUUUCAGCGAAUGGACAGACCGAACUUCUUCGAACUGUUCCUGCGCUACGUCUGAACUCGGGGGGACCCGGUCCCAUUCGCUGGGGGUCUCUGAUGUGGACGUGAGCGGUUUACGCAGGCAGAGGUCAGAAGUCCUGGACGGCCGGGAGCUGUUACUGCUGACCGGCACCAACUUCAAUCUGGGUGAAGGCCGGCGGUUCCGUGAGAGCUGUCUGGGGCUGGAUGGAACAGAACCAUCGCAGACUGGCUUGGUGUCCUCCGAACACUAUGACCUGGGUGGCCGAGAGAGCCUGGACCGCGUCCCUCCUGUGUCGGGAGCCGGCCCCAUGGAUGCGUCCCUGUUAGAGGCACCCAGGCUGAGCCUCCAGGUCACCUCCACGCCUGUGAGAGCAGACGGCUCUGCGCCGCUUGGGGCCGCCGACCUGCAGCACGAGAUCCAGGAGGGCGCCUACGCGGGGAGCUGUUACCACCGAGACGGCUCACAGCUGAGUGUGCAGUUUGAAGUGAAGCGGGUGGAGCUCCAGGGCUCAUCCACCCUGUUCUGCUGCUGGCUGGUGAAGGACCUCCUGCACGGCCACCUGGACUCAGCCCUGCAGACCCGCCUGCUCCUGCCUGGCUCCGCCCACUCCACCUGCGAGCUGUCUGGAGCCAGCCUGGGGGAGGUGCUCGCAAGCAAACCCUGGAUUGAGGAGCCCCCCGAGGCUGCGGAGCUGGAGGGGCUGGCGGCCUGCGAGGGCGCGUACUCCCGCAAGUACAGCACGCUCAGCCCCAUCGGCAGAGGGGCCUUUGGCUUCGUGUGGACGGCGGUGGACCAGGAAGCCAAUAAGGAGGUGGUGGUGAAGUUUAUUCAGAAGGAGAAGGUUUUGGAGGAUUGUUGGACUGAGGAUCCCAAACUUGGGAGAGUCACUUUAGAGAUUGCCAUCCUGUCCCGGGUGGAGCACGCCAACAUCGUCAAGGUGCUGGAUGUAUUUGAAAACCAAGGGUUCUUUCAGCUGGUGAUGGAGAAGCACGGCUCCGGCCUGGACCUCUUUGCAUUCAUCGACCGCCAUCCCAGCCUCGAUGAGCCCCUGGCGAGCUACAUCUUCCGACAGUUCCAUUCCAGACGAUUCCUAGCUCCCUGGAAAAGAUGGAGAGAUACCUGGGACGGGGCUGUGACCAAUUCACAGAUUUGCUCUUCGUUUCCUGGAGCUGACUUGAUUUCUAAUGACAGCUUCCAUGAAUUGACAUUUCUUCCUCAAAGCUAUAAGCCCCCAGAAGUUAUUGGAUUUGUGAAAUUGAAUUUCUGAGGCACCUACUUGUAAGUUUCGGUCAUCAUCGUUCUGCCCGAAUGUCACCUCUCCCCCCUUGCUACUUUGGAAGGUUAUUUACGCAUCUACUUUACUUCAUGGCAAAGAUUUGUUUCUGAAAUCUUCAUGGCAAACAGAGUGUCAGUAUGACAUAACAUUAGGAGUCACUUAUCAAUAGCUGCUACCUAACCGUUGUUAAUUUGGGGCGACUGAUACAGGUAAUUCUAGUGUUCAAUACUUUUUAACUUUUGCAAGAGGUAUCUAUAGCCCCUUUGUAAAUCUAUAUACAUAAGUGUUGUUAUAUGUAAGCAUGGAUUCAGAACUCUACAGAACUAUAUUAUUGCAUGUAAACGUGUGUAUGUGCAGUGCCAGGUGUUAGUGCAUUGCCUCUCAGCUCCAGAGCUGUGGGUCUGCUUGGUGAACUGCUCUCCUGUGCAGCUGGGAUGUUGCGGGGGGCCUGCAGGAAGAGCAGCUACUCCCAUUCAGGUUCUUUACCCCUUUGUAGUUAAUGAACCUUGAUGAAGCCUUCCAUGUUCAGAUUAGUGUGUGCUUUCUGUUUCCCAACUGGAGCCUGAUAUGUACAUGUGCAUGUGUGCACGUAUAUGUAUGUACAUAUACACGUAAAAGUGUAUGUAUAUGUGUGAACGUAUAGGCAUAGACACGCACGUGUGUGUCUGCACACUUGCGUAUGUGUGUACGCGUGCGCAUGCAUGCUUCCUUAUGUAAAUGUGCAGGUGUGGAUGUGUCUGCAUGCGUGUGCAUGCAAAUAUGCAUUCAUUCAUUUAAAGUUAAUUAAUUCAGCUUAGUUUGUCUGCCACGAACUAUCGCUUCUGACUCAAGAUAUUCAUCUGUAAAUAUAAAGUUGUCUCUGAUGAUGUAAACGACUGACUACAUCCAUGAAAUCACUGUGUUUUUUAUUUAUUUAUGUAUUUAAAAUUUUUGGCUGCGUUGGGUCUUCGUUGCUGAGCGCAGGCUUCCUCUAGUUGCGGCGAGCGGGGGCUGCGCUUUGUUGCAGUGCGUGGACUUCUCAUUGCGGUGGCUUCUCAUUGCAGAGCAUGGGCUCUAGGCGCGUGGGCUUCAGGAGUUGUGGCACGUGGGCUGAGUAGUUGUGGCGCACGGGCUUCCUUGCUCCGCGGCAUGUGGCAUCUUCCCAGACCAGGGCUCGAACCCGUGUCCCCUGCAUUGGCAGGCGGAUUCUUAACCAUUGCACCACCAGGGAAGUCCCGAGAUCACUAUGUUGAUUGGUACAGUUGGUGUCCAAAUUAUGAAUGGGGUCAGAAAUUGUACUAAUCUUCCUUAACCUUAACUGAGGUGCUGCUUUUGUUGGUCUCUGUCCCCACACGUGCAGUGCAGGCAGACAACAGUGUGUUCUAGUAACUUUACCCUUUCACGGGGGAGACUAACGUGCUUGGCUUGUUGGAAUGAAGCCCAUUUCCUGGGGAGUUACUUUAAAUUCACAUGGUAGAGACUUCCACACAUGUUGGGGAACGUAUGGCUGACACUCAGUGCUGAUCUUUGAGGAGCUGCCAGAGCCUUGAAGUAGGAGUUUGGAGACUUGGCUUCUGUCCCCAACUCUGCUCGAAUUGCCAUGUGAACUCUGGGCAGAACACUGUCCCUCACUGUGAACCAAAGGUGGUGGAGUCAGGCCUUCUGUAGGGCCACCUCCCAUGCAACCAGCCCACACUCAUUAAGGUGCCCACCAUGUGUCUUUGUAGCUUCUGCCGUGGUCUGUCUGUCUUUCCUCCCAAGAUGGUCGUUCUGUAUCUGCUGAGGAGGUUUCAUUGGUAGCACACAGACAGAGAACUUAAAACUCACAUAUUUAUCUGGGAGAGGGAGGGAUGGGGGUGUCAGUGAAAGAUACAAAGUUUCAGUUUUGCAGGAUGAGUAAGUCCUAGAGGUCUGCUGUACGGCAUGGUCCCUAUAGCUAACGAUGCUGCAUGGUCUACUUUAAAAUCUGCCAAGGGGGUAGACCGUGUCUUGGGUGUCCUUAUCACAAAAUAAUAAUAGUAAUAAAUAAUGAAAUUAAAGAAAAGAAUCCUAGAUCUGCGUUGCUGCCUUGUGGGCAUGACGUGUGCCAGCCACACUGAGCAUGCUGCCUGGAGCUGCUUUUCCUCCACACGGCUCAGCUGUGUGCGAUCUGCAGCCUCCAGAGUCUUUCCUGUCACCAGUUUGUGAUGAGUUAGAGAACUCUUUUGUUCUUUUUCUUUUCUUUUUUUCUUCUUAAUCCUUAAUUUAAAUUCAUGUUCUACCUGAAUUGCCUUUUAAAAAGUCCCCUGUGGCCUCCUGAUUUCAGCUGGUGUCAGCAGUGGGAUACCUGCGCUCCAAGAGCAUCAUUCAUCGGGACAUCAAGGACGAGAACAUCGUGAUCGCUGAGGAUUUUACAAUCAAGCUCAUAGACUUUGGCUCGGCUGCCUACCUGGAGAGGGGCAAGCUGUUC